GUUUUGACAGCUAAACGAAAAAUUAUACAAAUGUCAACAAAUCAAUUUUUUUUUAUUACUGAAAAUUAGUGAAAAUAUUGGCUGUUUUAAUAAAUUCUACAAAAACUAAAUGGUUUUUCAACAAAUAAAAGUGCUCAUAUUGAGCAUAGUGGGUUUAUUGCGUCGAGCAUUAUGUUGUUUUUCUCGCAAACGCAAGCCAAGUUAUUCGGAACCCAUGACCAAUGUUGUGGUACAAUCAAAUUUGUCGUCGUCGCCAAGAAUCACAAAAUCAAUGGCCACUGAAAGAGACUGGAACUCUUGGGAUGAUAGUCCACGCACAGUUGAAGAACAUAUUGAACAAUACCGUCAACAAAUUGCCAAACCUCCUACACCGCAAACUGAGGAAAAAGAACCAGAUUUCUUUAAAGAAUUAACCCCCGUUAUAAAACCUCAACUAAAGUAUUACUUGGGGGAUGAUACCCAAACAAAUACAAAUUUCUCACGUCUGGAGGCCAAAACCGAUGUGCCCAUUACACUAAAUGCUGAAUUAGAGGACUGGGUUGAUGAAAAUUCGGGUGAUUGGGAGGAAAUGGAUACGGAACAGGCCAAACAAUUGAUACGUGAAAAACGUCGUGAAAUGCGUAAUAUGCGACAAAAAGCUUCUAACAAAUCACCUCAAAUGACAAAUCAUUUACAGACCAGUGGUUUUUAUAAUACCGAAGUUACCUCCUAGUAUUGGUAUAAUUUUUAGUUAAGUUUUAUUGUUUUUUUUUUUUAUACUUUUUGCAUAUUUUAUUAUAAUUAUUAUAAUAUUACAUAUUAUAUUUGUUUUGCGGCAAUGUGCUAAAGUUUAUAAAAUACGUAUGUAUUUUGAUUUCAUUUCUUUAUACAAUUUAUUACUUUUGUUAUUUUAUGUACAGAAAAUUAAGGAAUUUAAUUAAUUUAAAUAGUAGCAAAAAUGGAUUUGAUAUAAGUUCCAAAAUAAAUUAUGUAUUAGAAAAAAAAA